AUGAAUACUUUUCACCAAUUCGUCGACCCCACAACAUGCUUGGGCUCGACUUAUUGCAACUUUGUAUCUCCCAAAAGCCACAAUUUGGUUGUGUCCAAAGGCAACAUGCUUCAGAUUUUUGAAAUCGUUGAACUCGAAUUGCAGGACGGCGACGACGACGAAGGAGACAGCGAAAUAAACCAGAUGCUUGGUGAAUCUGAGUCGUUCUUGGGAGACACACUGAUGACCAAUUUGAUACAGGAGCUUAGAUAUAAGCUCCUGCUUAUUGGAGAGUACAGAUUGAACGGACAGAUAAUCAAUAUAGACAAGUUCAGGUCCAACGAGAACGAGUUGCUGGACUACCUAAUUGUUUCCACGAAAUUUGCAAAAUUAUCUGUUAUCAAAUGGGAUCCCCAGUUGCAUGCCAUCUCUACAGUCAGUUUACACUACUAUGAUACAGCGCUGGAUGCAUUAACGGUGGAAAAACUCGAGAAAACUAGUAUUCAACAUAGAAGUGACCCUAACUCAUUAUGCACAUGUUUACGACUGAACGAGCUGUUCACUUUUCUUCCAUUCUAUAAAGAGUACCUGGAGGAAGAAGAACUGAAAGAUGAUGCAGAAGAAGCUAAGGACGCGAAAAAAAGAAAGAAGCUUUUUACGGAGAGCUUUAUCUUGAAUGCCUCUUCUCUAUAUCCAGAUAUCAAGAACAUUGUGGAUUAUCAGUUUUUGCAUUCCUAUAGGGAUCCCACAAUGGCUAUUUUGUAUGCACCAGAGACAAUGACAUGGGCUGGACACCUCCCCAAGGCCAAAGAUACGCUGAAAGUAAUCGUUCUGUCUUUGGAUCUCGAAAAUAAAAAAGCCUCCACCAUCAUGGAGCUUACUAGCCUUCCUUACGACAUUGACUAUAUAUAUCCGCUAGAAAGUCCCACGAACGGAUUUCUACUGGUAGGGUCGAACGAGAUCAUUCAUGUUAAUUCCCUAGGGUCCGUCAGAGGUGUUUAUACAAACGAGUAUUUCACAGACAUCUCAAAUUUGAAGCUCAAAGAUCAGUCAUCGCUUGAUUUGAUGCUAGAAAAUUCCCGUGUUGGACUCGUGAAAAAGGAUCAGGUUUUGAUAAUAACUGAGUCUGGAGAGUUUUAUGAGCUGAAUUUUGAAAAGAUUGGUGGCAACUCCACGAUCACUGGUCUCCAGAAAGUUGACACUGCAAACUACAAAGGUGUAAUUGUUAAUCAUCCAAUCAUGAUCACCAGCGUUCCCUCAUUAGACCUCUUUUUUGUUUGUUGUCAAGGAGGCGACUCUUCAUUGAUCAGGAUUAGCAGUAAGGGUGGCGUGCUUCCUCAGGAAACUAAAGCCCAAAAUGGUGGCAAAAAAGAGACGAAGGAUGAGGACGACUGGCUCUACGAUGAGGAAGAUCAAAAAGGCCACAAGAGCUCCCUGACCAACUCGCAAUUCAAAAUAAUGGAUAGUAUACUCAACUGUGGGCCUCUGGUCGACUUUACUCUAGGUAGAGUCUCUAUCGAGCAGAAAAUCAUGGGGCUCCCAAACCCGAAUUAUAAUGAAGAUGUUCUUGUCGGCGCUUGUGGAGUGGGUCGGAACAGCUGUGCAUGUGUUUAUUCUCCAACCAUCAAGCCCAUUGUGAAGUCGACAUUGAAGUUCUCCAAUGUCGACAAGGUGUGGACUUUGGCGAACAAGAGCGGCUUCACUAGAUAUCUGAUCACAACCGAUUUCACGAAUUUCAAGACAGAAGUGUUCCAAGUGAAUAAAAAUUACAAGAAUCUUUAUUCCAAGGAUUUCAACAAUAAACAGUACACUCUUCAGUUUGGUACGAUCACCACGGAUGCUGAGAACCGGAUUGUUCAGGUGACGCCCUACAAAGUGACUGUUUUCACGUUCAAGUUCCAAGAGGUCGUUGCCCUAGAAUAUGACUUUGAGAUCAAUUCCACUUUCAUCUACGGCAAUUACAUUGUUGUGACUAUGAAGAGCGGUGAGCUGGAUAUUCUAGAGUUCAAAGGCGACAAGCUUGAAAAGCUUGAUCUACCGGCACUGCUGAACUACUUGAUUUUCACCAAUGGGUGGAUAUGUGAGUCCUCUUUGCUGAACCAUAUGGGUAGUGGUGCUGUCAAAAGAGACUCUGAAGGUGCGCCUGUGAGCGGAACAGAGAAUAGCAAGGGCGAAAUCCUUUUCUGGCUUGUGACAGCGGAUAACCGAUUACUGGUAUUCCAGAAGGACCACAAGGAGAAAGUGUUCGAGUUCACGGAUAUUCACAAGUUUCCAGAGCUUUUGACUCUAAAUCCUAUGGAUGUCAAUUACGAGGCAGAUGUGGAUCCCAUUAUCAAGCAAAUCAUGUUUACGAAACUCGGCAACAGCUCCAGCUCUAAGGAUUACCUCGUUGCGCUAACUUUUGGGGGGGAGGUCCUCAUCUACGAAACAUUCUUCGAUCCUAUAGAAAGAACAUACAAGCUGAUGAAGAUCAACGAGAUGUGUCAGUUUCCGAUUGUUGGUGCUCCAGACAACUCUUAUGCUCACGCGACGAAGAUUGAAAGAUACCUCAUCAGCGUGGACAACUUCCAAGGGUACAAAGUCGUUUUAGUAACUGGAGCAAGCGCGUUUGUGAUACUCAAAGAGCACAACAGUAUUCCGCGGAUGUUACAAUUCACGAAAAGAUCCUCGCUUUAUUUCGCCGAAUACAACACUGAUAGAUGUCCGAACGGUGUGAUCUCGAUCGACGAAACGAAAGCAUGUCGUAUAUGCCAAUUAGAUAGCAGUUACACAUAUUCGAACAGGUUGCCGAUAGCCAAGUAUAGGAUUGGGGACAAGACGAUCAAUAAGGUUAAAUACCACUCCCUUUCAAAUACUUAUAUCAUCUCCACUUUGGAGGAAGGUCGAUACAACGCCGUCGAUGAGGACGGAGAGCCGCUUCCAGGGCUGCGUGAUGACAGAAAGCUGAAGUCGACGUCUCUGAAGGGCACUGUUCACCUGGUUUCACCUGCCAAUUGGACAAUCAUCGAUACCAUUGAACUUGAGGAUAAUGAAUAUGUGACAUCGAUUGAGGUGAUCGAACUGAAGGUGUCCGAGACCAUUGCCACCAAAACUGUGGUCUUGAUCGGAACAGCAAGAUGCAGAAACGAGGAUCUUGCUACACAUGGAUCUUGGAAGAUAUACGAGGUGAUCGAUAUUGUUCCGGAGCCUGGAAGACCAGAGGCAAAGAAUAGAUUGAAGAUGAUCACAUCGGAGACGGCAAGAGGUCCUGUUCUCUCCAUUUGCGACGUGAGCGGCCGUUUUGCGAUUGUCCAAGGGCAAAGAAUGCUUGUCCGUACUUUGCAGAAGGACGACAAUGUGGCUCCCGUUGCCUUUACCGACACGUCCAUAUAUUCGAAGGAGGUCAAGACUUUUAAGAACCUAGUUCUCAUAGGAGACACAUUCCAGAGUGUUUCGCUUUAUGGCUUUGAUGCUACCCCGUACAGAAUGUUGCAUUUUGGAAAGGACGAGCAGGAUGUUGAACUGCGAGCUGCAGACUUUUUGGUGCACGAUGGAAACCUGCAUAUUUUGGUGGCAGACGAGGAUUCUGUGCUCCAUUUACUACAAUACGACCCUUACGAUGGAAAUUCCAUGAAAGGUCUAAAGCUUUUGCGCCGGUCGCUGCUACGUUCCAACGCGCUUACGACAAAGAUGAUCUCGGUCGCAAGAGAUAGGUCCUUAUUUUCAAUGGUGGGCACGUUGAAUCACGAUGACGAUUUGGGCUAUGAGAUCAUUGCUAGCAAUAUUGACGGCUCGUUCUACAAGGUUAUGCCGGUCAACGAGUAUCAAUACAGAAGGCUGUAUUCUAUUCAGAAUUAUCUGUAUGAUAAGGAGCUGCAUUGGCUAGGUCUGAAUCCCAAAUCCAACGCGAUUGGAGGUCUGACAGAGCUGAUGGCCUCCAUCAAAAGACCGUUUAUUGAGCUCAAUAUGUUUCAUCGGUUUAUUGGAUUCAACAACGACAGGAAAAAGCAGAUCAUGCAAAAAUUGGGCAAAAACUCAUACGUCGAGGUGUACAAAGAUAUAAUAUCUCUGCAAUAG